GAAAUCGGACCUGAAUUCAACAUCGUUUGCGCAUUGAUCACUCCCGCCCUUUCCGACCGAUAUCAAAAUCUCCGCGAUACCCCACUACGUUUUGCCCCCCCUCUGUGGCGACCCUGCCGGAUCACCCCUAAACAAACAUGGAGGUGCCCUCGAAUCUCCCCCACCCCGAGGACGGCCACGUCCAAGGCGAGAUGGCCAUCCGGCCUCGUGCAGAAGACGGCGAUGGAGUCGUAUCGACGUCGAACCCCCCAGCACUCCCGGGGACCUCAUCGCAGGCCCCGCAGAAGCUGCAACUGGCUUCCCGUAGCAACCAAUUGGGUAGAAAACAACUCAUCUCCAACGCCAAAGUCGCCAUCCCGCGACAGCGGACUACGUCGACGAACCCGCGAUAUCCUCGUCGUGUGCCUCUGGCGUGUGAGACUUGUAGGCAACGGAAGACAAAGUGCAGUGGCGACACCCCCGUUUGUCGCCAGUGCAGGGAAUUGAGGGUCGAGUGUAAAUAUCCGGUGUCCUGGAGGGAACGUACGAAGGGGCAAUUGGAUAAACUUGAGAUCAAAACCCAGGAGUAUGAAAACCUGUUGAAGGAAAUCGGGAACAUUGUCGAUGGCCGGACCGCCGAGCGUAUUAGGAACACACUGGAUAAGUGGUCGGCGAGGGGCGAUAGUACAUCCAGCUCCCAGAGCAAUUCGGUUACCCCCCAGGAUGAAGACCAAGACCUGGAUGAUGUGAGCAGCGUGUCAUCCAUUGGGUCGUUGGAAGCGAUCGACCGCGUGGAGGAAGACCUGAAUCGAACGGCUAGUUCUAGGGCGACCGGCUAUAUGGGGAAAAACUCUGAGAUCACUUGGAUGCAGCGACUACGGAAGGAGGCAGAGCAACGAUCUCGUCGGCAACCAGGGACGUUUGAAGCCGAGCACGACGGUGAAUUUGCCUUGCACUCACUGAACUACCACCUGGAUGAUAUGGAUAUCUCCAUCCCGGGCCCCGUCCAGGCUUACUGGAUGCCACCGCGACCGUUGGCAGACAAGCUGUUUGAAGAUUACUUGGAUACUAUCCAUCCGUUCUUCCCGAUCAUCAGUCGCUCGCUCUUCCGUACUCAAUACAACAUCUUUUAUGAUAGUGCUGCCCGACCCGGCGACAAAUGGCUCGCCAUUCUCAACAUGAUUUUUGCCAUUGCCUCGAAGCACGCACAUCUCACGCAGGCCCCGUGGCGUGGUCAAGAAAAAGAUCAUCUGGUGUAUUUGACCCGUGCUCGCAUUCUUAGCAUGGAUGGCAAUACCCUCUUUAGUCACCCCGAUCUCCAACAAGUUCAGGUCGAAGGCCUAGUCGCUUUCUACCUGCUGUCGACAGAUCAGAUAAACCGAGCUUGGAGAAUUGCGGCGUUGGCCGUUCGUUCAUCCAUUUCCCUCGGCCUCAAUAUGAAGAACACUAGCCCAGACACGGCGGGUAUAUCCAAAGAGGCACGCUACAAGGUUUGGUGGUGUCUUUACACCUUUGAACACAUGCUUGGAAUAAUGACUGGCCGGGCCUCGUGCAUCUCCGACGGGAUUUGUACAACACCUCUACCCCUCCCCUUCGAAGAAAAUGAUUUACGGGAUCCCAUGGCGACAAAAUUACUCGGGGAUCUCACAAUGAGACAGGAACAUGUUGAUGCAGCCCUGGCGAGCUCCUGUGUUCGACAAGUACCGCUUAAUCCGCUUGGAGGAAGGGAUGCUCGGCACACCGACAAGAUCCGUGAUUCCACUUGGCUAAGGAACCAGCCGCCUAGCAGGGCCCUGAUUUUCCUCUACUACGUUGAUCUUGCGGUCAUUGUCCAGGAAAUUGUUAACAGGGUUUAUUCCCUCGAUUCCACCAUGGUUCCCUGGAGCCACAUUGAGAACCGCAUGGGGGAACUUCGAUCCCGGGUCGACCUUUGGCACUCGAAUCUGCCUGAAGCGUUCAAUUUCGCGCGCUUUGCCCAGAAGGGCGAUGAGGAUAUUGAUGUGCUCCGUGGGAAACUUUUCCUAGCCUUCCACUUCUACAGCGCUCGAAUCACUCUAGGCCGUCCAUGCCUGUGUCGCCGCGACGCCCGGCAGAAUGCACCCCAUGAAAAGUCGACUUUCAGCCAUGAUAUGGCGAUUCUCACCCUCGAGUCAGCUCAUCUGAUGCUUGGGUUGAUCCCCGACAGCCCCGAUGCCCUUCGACUCUAUCGGAUCUGCCCCUGGUGGUGUAUUUUGCACUACCUGAUGCAGGCGGUGACGGUACUUCUUCUCGAGCUUUCCUUUGGCUGCAUCCAUAUGCCGGAUGACGAGGAGAGGAUCCUCCUCGCCUCGAAAAAGGGGGUUAGGUGGCUUUUUUCUAUGGCUCAAUUUAGCUUGCCUUCGCGACGUGCGUGGGAACUUUGCAACGGCAACCUCCGGCGCAUCGCCAUGGGCAUGAACUACGACUUGAGUGAUAUGCCUUCGUCUGACGACGAAACCGAACCCAGCCGGGAGUCCUUGAAUACCGAAAAAGCUGAAGUCGGCCAGCAUCCGGCUAACAUGCCUUCUGUGCCACCGCUGAAUGCAAAUGCUCCUGCCCCUGUCUCGGGCGUGCCGGAACCAGCAGUCUCUGCCCCGCUCCAAGCCCCAGUGGGAUACCCUCAGAAUCAAGCCGAUUCGAUCGUGGACCCAAGAGUCCCUAUGCUACCUUCGAACAUGUCUUCCGGGGCGGACAUCUACUUCCCGUACGAUCCGAUCAGCGGUGAAUUUAUCCGGUCUUUCUUUCCCGCCUCGAAUGACGAAGAGUCGUGGCAAGAAUAAGCGAGCUUCUUCUUCUUCAUAUCUUCAGAUUCUCUUCUCUCUUUGAUUCUCUUCUGGUCCAUCUUUAUUUAUCCCGUUCUCCCGUGUUUGUAUCGUGGUUGCCUCCCGUUUCUCGUUCCGCGAUGUUUUAUACCUUUGGGCAAAUCUCGACACAUUCCUUAUUGCUUUGUUUUAUUUAUUUACUUCUAUCAUUAUUUUUAUUAGUAUUAUUUGCCAUCAUUCAAGGCGUUCUUGAAU